AAGAGCUUAUAACUCACACAUGUUGGUCGACCAAUCAGCAUAGCCUGCGGGGGCCGAAAGCCGGUAGGUUACACUUGGAUACUAAUAUACACAAGACAAACAGACAGAAAGAGAGUCAGGGACAGACACUUUUUAUCUCUCUUUUUUAUUUAUUUUGAAGAGAAUCACUGGAUCUCACUUGAACCCGAGAGAGGAGGGGACCACCUGAUUGUCCUUGCGAGGUCUCACACAGUAGAUGCACGCCUACACCGACAGAGAAAUGGCCAUUCCCCGGAUGUUUAACUCCAACACGCCGUUCAUCAUCGUGACCGGAGGGUCCGAACUCUCGUUUCUUGGCAAAGAGGACGACGGCCAAGGUUGUGAGGAGGAGAAGGACUCGCUGGUCCAAGCCAUCGCCCCCCAUCUGAGCCGGGUGAUGCAGCACGGCACCGCCAAACAUGUGGUCACAGAGGGGCGUGACGUGUCUGAGGAGAAUCCCUGUGUCUCCAUAGUCGCACAGGCUGAGAGGGAAGACUUCCAGGAGUUCAGUCCAACCUGCACACAGUGUCUCUACUCAAGGUCUCAGCUGCUCAAAAAACACAGGUCUCUCGGUGAGGAAUCUGCCUUCGUGAGUGACACGGAGGACGAGGAUGUGGCCGGCAAACUCCCGCUCCACCACCUGCAGAGGAAACAGCGCAGGAAAACCAGAAGCAGACAGAGCCAGGACGAAGGGGAACAACCUCCGAUCAUCCGCGGUCUGUGGGUGCAGGAGAUCGAUUGGCUGAAGUCAGCGGACGGAGACACGAUGUCAUCCACUGAGAUCAUCCCGCCUCCUCCUCAGUUUACUGACUCAGCCUCGUGCCCCUGUAGCCAUGGAGACCUGCACUCCUACAUACGCGAUAAAUGCUGCAGCUGUGCAGAUGCAUGUGACUGUGUCAGAGGACUGGAGGAUGUGUCCGUGUCAGAGGACCAAUACAGAUCAAUAGAGACAGAUGACACAUCCAGCACUGAUGACAGGGAGGACUCAGACUCUGAUUGUGGUCUGGACCGGGACUCUGAAUCUAUCUGCACUCAUGAAAGUGACUCAGACUCGUCCUACUGUGCAGAGGAUGACAAACGAGUUGAGGCCAGAGUGUCAAAUUCGACCUUUGACCUGAUGCGUGUGUCUGGUUUUACCUCCUCAUCCUGUCAUGCUGAGUGGGAUUUGGACUCCACGGGGUGUGUGCAAAGCCUGCUGGGAUUUUCAGAGUCCGCCUUCACCCCAGACACCGUGAAUACGUCCCAGUGCGCCUUUGGUGUUGAUGACCUGGGUGAUGUUGACACAGUUUUGGACGAACUAAGAGGCAAAGUGAUGCGGAUGCCGAAGCCGUUUGUUUCACCUUUCUUCAAAGAUCUGAUCAAACAGACUCUAAGUGACUGGAAACACAACGUUCCUGUGAACGAGGGAGUCUUAUUUCAUCAUCAACUGCAGCCCAGUCGCUCUCAGUACAGGGAGGGAGAGGAGUACUGCACCCUUCACCACAUCCAGAACGGCUCAUACGGUGAUGUGUUCAGUGUCCGGGACAAAAGGACUGGAUUCGAAUGUGCAGCCAAGAGGAUUCCACUGAGUCAUUUCAGCAGUGAGGAGGUGAGCACGUGGAGCGCUCUGGACUCUCCUCGGGUUGUGGAGCUGUUUGGGGCUGUGAGGGAGGGGUUGAACGUCGUGCUCUUCAUGGACUUGAAGCCAGCUUGUUUGGCACAACUCCUGAAAGAGAUGAACUCCCUACCUGAGGAUCUGGCCCUGCACUACCUUCACCAGUCACUGGGGGCGCUAGAACACCUGCACCACAGAAAGGUCCUUCACCUGGACGUCAAAGUUGACAAUGUGCUGCUGUCUGCAGACUGCAGAGACACAUUCCUCUGUGACUUUGGUCUCUCAGAGACAUUAGAUGACAGCGGAUGGAGCACCAAGGCUUUCAGGGGAGCUGCCUUCCCGGGCACAGAGACCCACAUGGCCCCGGAGGUGGCUCGAGGGGAUCAGCUCUGCGCCAAGGCAGAUGUGUGGAGCAGCUGUUGUAUGCUACUGCACAUGCUCAACGGCUGCCACCCAUGGAUACGGUACUAUUCCCAUCCGCUGUGUCUGCAGAUCGUCAACGAGCCUCCGCCUCUGUGGGAGGUGCCGUCCACCUGUAACAACUUCACGGCCAAGGUGUUCAGGGCCGGACUCCAGAAGGACCCCGACAGACGAGUAUCUGCAAAGGAGCUCAGGAGGAAAACCACCAAGGCCCUCAGAGCAGUUGGAGGUCUGAGUCCCUGGUCUGUCAAAACCGCCUGUGAGAUUCUGCAUCAUGGCAAGAACCAGACUGAAGACACCCCUUGCUCUUUGUCCCUGGGGAGCACCCCAAACAAACAAUCAGCUGCUGCCUCAGCACCCACCAUGUACUGGGUGAGCCCCUGGAGAACGACAGCAGUGGACUGCGAAGACGUAGACUCAGAUCAAGACUCUGAAGUGCAGACAGAUUCUUUAACUGGGGAUUGGGACUCGCAGCCAAAAUCACUACGGGAUGAAAAAGAUUGGGAAACUGGCUCCGAUUCAGAAGUGGACAUAUACAUGGGAGAGGAGGAAUUCACUCAGGAGAAAUGGCCAAAAAGUGACAAGGACUAUGAGGGGGAUUGGGAGGAAGAGGGACAAGAAGAAGAAGAGGAGGAGAAGGAGGAAGAGUGGGAGUCUUCUGUGUCCACAGAGUACCUCCGCGCUCUCAGAGGCCUUUUCCCUUUGCUGCAGAAAGGCCAGCAGACAAACGACAGUUCAUGGGGAUCAGAACCAGAGCUGGAAUACCUCAGAGACGAUGUAGCUAUUGGCACCAUGAUCCGGACCCCCUCCCCUGAACCUCGAGAUGACCCCCCCUCCUGCUUCAGCUGCUCAGAUACAUCGCAGAUAGAUGCCUCAGAGAAGGACUCUGACCAUUCAUCUGAUGACCUGAGCUCCGGAGUCUUUUCCUCCUGCAACAGCCAGACGGACAGACAUUUGGAGUGGUUGGCCUCAGCCAAUCAGCCUUCCUCAUACUGCUUCGAAGGUGUUGACAUCUGGAUAGAGAAUGUCCAGGGCGAGUGUCUAAGGAUCCGUGAACGUCGACAGGUCAAAGUUGGUCAUGUUGCCAUAGGAAUAAGUGAUCAGAUCUCGGGGAAGGCCUUUACUUUGGAAACCCUGGACAGGAAGCUGGUGUCUUUUGACCAGGAAAUCAAAGAGUCUGGUGUAUGGCUCCGCUGUGUUCCCGCUCCUGACACAUGUCAGCGCUGGAGGUGGAGGGUCAGAGACGGCAAGCUGGAACUCCAGGAAUGAAACAAACAUUUUUGUUAUUUAAUUUUUUUGUAUGUAUUGUUUGCACUAACUUAGGUUGUGUUUGUUCUUAAAUCAUGUGGACUGUAUUUGUAGAUGUACAUGUUGGAAUCUACUGGGUAAAAGCUGGAAAACUGCUGCUUUUGUGAGAAAUGUGAGAUUAGUGACUUUUAUCCUUGAAUAAUGUAGAACGUUAUUUUAGAGAUGGAUUCCUCAGAAUUAGGUCAAGUGUGUGCACAAGUACAAGGACUCCGAUUUCGAGCAGAUCUAAAUAUACUUACAGCUCUUAGAGCAUAGGUAAACAUAAGGGUACCACUUUCUACUAAGGCAUCAUUUGUAAAUGGUUUAUAAGCUUUAAGGCUUUAUUAAUGGUUAAUAAAUGAUUUAUUAAUACUUUAUUAAGAAGAACAACUUUUGGGUUCCCAGGUUGUGAAAAAAUACUUAUAUUCUGGAGAAGCGCUGCAGGAUGUCUGGACCAAAAUCCAUUUAUAGCCUCACUAUUAACAUUUACAACCACAGUCUUGAUGUAUUAUUGUGAGAACCAUUAAUUUUUAUCUAUUAUUAUUUAUAGUUGCAUGUAAGUGACAAACUUAUGCAGCACUUUUCUAGGGGGUCAGUGGUCAAACAGUGCACCGGAGAGGUCUCGCUAAUGGAUCAAGGAGCUAAAAAAGACAAGAAAAGUCAUGGUGUGCACAAGGAGGAUUUGUUGUUCUUAUUAAUGGGGUAUUACUGUAAUUAAUAAAUGAUUUAUUUACCAUUAAUAAAGCCAUUAAUUAUAGCUUGUAAAGCCUUUAUAAAUGGUGCCUUAUCAGAAAGCAAUACAAAAAUAGAUCCAUAUAUAAAUAUAUAUUAGAGUUUGCUACCUGCCAUUUCUUUAGAAUGAGCAAAGCUGCUUAAAACAAUUAAUAAUACCACAUGAGCCCUCAACACUUUAAUACUUGAAUGUUACUGACAUUUUAUUUCUUAAUAAAAAAUUACCGUCAAGGUUAAAGAA